AUGGCUGCCCAAAGAACUGCAGAAUUGAGACGUCUGCUUGCACGUCCUUACCCAUGGGUCAAGAAGUCUUUCAUUGUCGGGGCGCCGAUGCGCAUCAUGGCUGGCCCAAACUUGGCCGUUGCCGUGUCUGCUGCUGGCGGCUUGGGAUUUCUAGGGCCACAGGCCAAGCCAGAUGGAGUACUGGCUGAUCUUGACAAGGCCAGGGAAUUGGUUGCAGCUUCUAGCUUACGCCACCCCCUGCUCCCAAUCGGCGUGGGCUUUCAGGUCUGGAAUGGCGACCUCAAGAUUGCAACAUCUGCGGUUGAGAAACACAAGCCGUGUGCUGUCUGGCUAUUUGCCCCGAGAAAUGGCCAGAAGGAGCUGGACGAGUGGACGGUGUCUCUUCGUGGAGCCUCUCGUGAUACACAGGUGUGGAUUCAGGUCGGCACGCUGAGUGACGCGAUUGCCGCUGUCAACAGCUCAGCCCCUCCGGACGUUCUGGUUGUUCAAGGCUCUGAAGCAGGCGGUCAUGGUAUGGCAAAGCAGAGCACCGGCACUAUUGUUCUGUUCCCUGAAGUGGUAGAUGCCGUGAAGGAGUCUGGGAUCCCCGUCGUCGCAGCGGGAGGAAUCAUCGAUGGGCGAGGUGUGGCUGCUGCCUUGUCUUUGGGAGCUGCUGGCGUCGCCAUGGGAACUCGAUUCCUUGCCUCUUCAGAGGCACGCAUCGCAAAGGGAUAUCAGGACGAAGUAGUUCGGGCAUCUGACGGUGCGAAAAACACCCUGCGUACUCAGCUAUACAACCAUUUGCGUGGCACGUUUGGCUGGCCCGAGCAGUUUUCACCUCGAACUCUCAUCAACCGUAGCUGGAUCGAUCACGAAGCAGGCGUUCCGUUUGAGAAGCUCCAGGUUCUGCAUGAUGAGGCGGCCAAGAGUGGUGAUGCUGGCUGGGGUCCAGAGGGGCGACUUGCCACGUACGUCGGAACGGGCGUAGGUCUUGUGCGGAGCGUGCAAGACGCAGGAGUGAUCGUAGAAAACGUGAGAAACGAGGCGAGUGAUAUUCUCAAGGCCUUGAGCGAUGAUAUUUAA